UAUUUUCUUUUCCUUUCUCUUUCUCUCUCUCACACUCACGCUCACUCUCACUCUCACUCACUCGCUUUCCUCACUGUCCGUUGAAACCAAACAGUAAAGAAAAACAAACAAACACACACAAAUAUCUCUCUCUCUCUAUCUCUCUCAUUUGCCACUCUACUGGACUCAUGAGAAGCAGCAAGAGAAGUAGCAGCAGAGUGUGCAUUAUCAUUAUCAUCACACUAAUUAUAUCAAGCCCAACAACAACAAAAACAACUACAGCAAUAGCAGAACAAAAACCAAAACCAAAACUCUUUUAAGAGUUCAAAAUUAAUGAAUCCCAUAACCGAAACAGCAGCAGCAGCAGCAACCGCAGUAGCAGCAUCACUACCACCGCUACCACCACAGCCACAUAGACCUUCCACUUCCUGUGAUCGUCACCCAGAAGAACACUUCACUGGCUUUUGCCCCUCAUGCCUCUGCGAACGACUUGCCGUUUUGGACCCAAAUUCCUCCACCGCUUCCACUUCCUCCUCCUCUCGCAACAAACCCCCCACCACUACUUCUUCAGCCCUUAAAUCCAUCUUCAAAAACUCCAACAACAACAACAACAACAACAACAGCAACAAUAGUAGUCGUAACAGGAACUCCUUCUUUCCUGAGCUUCGGAGAACCAAGUCGUUUUCGGCGUCGAAGAACAACGAGGGUUUCUCGGGGGUUUUCGAGCCACAGAGAAAGUCCUGUGACGUUCGAGUCAGGAACACUCUUUGGACUCUUUUCACUCAAGACGACGAGCGUAACCCAGCUAAGCAAAAAGACCCACCUCAACAAAAUCAUCAGCAACAACAGCAACAGCAUCAACAAGAAGCUUCUUUUUCUGCUUCUACUUCUUUGGUUGAGUCAAGAAAUUUAGCUUCUUCAAGUGUUCAAAAUCCAGUCUUGGAAGACACUGAGACCGAGUCUGAGUCCGAGUCUGAGCCCGACUCAAACAAUGGUAAAGCAGUUGCCGAGGAACCAAGGAUUUCAAAUGUAGUGGAAGACAGAGUUCAGGAAAUUGUUGAAGAAGAGGAGGAAGAGUUGGAGACAGAGCCAGAGGGAGAACCAGAGCCAGAACCAGAGCUAGAACUAGACCCAGAAGCAGAACAAGAAGACUUGAAGCCCAUGAAGGACCACAUAGAUCUCGACGUGAAUACCAAGAAAAAUUCCGGCAGAGAUUUCAAAGAAAUCGCCGGGAGUUUCUGGUCGGCGGCGUCGGUGUUCAGCAAGAAGUUGCAGAAGUGGAGACAAAAGCAGAAGCUGAAGAAACGAAGGAAUGGCGGUGGUGGGUCCGCCACAUUGCCGGUGGAGAAGCCGAUCGGGAGGCAGUUCCGAGAAACCCAGUCGGAAAUCGCCGAUUACGGCUUCGGCCGCCGAUCCUGCGACACGGACCCGAGAUUCUCACUCGACGCGAAUCGGAUGUCGUUUGAAGCUGGUCGAAUGUCUUUCGACGAUCCUCGAAUGUCUUUUGAUGAGCCAAGAGCUUCUUGGGAUGGCUAUUUGAUUGGUCGAACUUUUCCUAGAAUGCCCACUAUGGUUUCGGUUGUAGAGGACCCUCCUCUCCCUCCUCCUCCUCCUCCGGUUCAUGUUGUGAGGACCGAUACUCAGAUUCCGGUUGAGGAGCCGGGUGGUGAGGAGGAGAUGGGGUUUUCUGUGGUGCCCGGUGGGUCAGCUCAGACGAGGGACUAUUAUUCGGACUCGUCUUCGAGGCGGCGGAGGAGUUUAGACAGGUCUAACUCGAUAAGGAAGACGGCAGCGGCGGUGGUGGCGGAGAUUGAUGAAUUGAAGUCGGCUUCGAAUGCUAGUGCAAAUUCGAAGGUGUCACCUGCUACUGUUGCGUCCACUGCUACUACCACUACAAGCGUCAUGGAUUACCUCAAUGGGCCGAAAUUAGUAGCACCGGAGAGGGAGAGGGAUUCGAAUUCGAAUUCGAUGAGGGAUGAUUGUUCGGAGAGCUUUGAAUUGGGUUUUAGAGAUGGGAGUUCGGUGGUUGGGAAGUCUAAUAAGAAGUCAAAGAGGUGGAGCAAGGCCUGGAAUAUAUGGGGUUUUAUUCAUAGGAAAGGUGGUGGGAAUAAAGAAGAGGAUGAUGAUAGGUAUAGUAGUAGACCAAAUGGGGUGGAGAGGUCUCUUUCGGAGUCUUGGCAAGAAUCAAGAGGCGCUUUUAAUAGAAAGGUGUUUAGAAGCAAUAGCAGUGUGAGUUGGAGGAAUUCUUCACAUAACUUUGGUAUUGGUGGUGGUGUUGGUGUUGGUGUUGGUGUUGGAGUUGGAGUUGGAGUUGGUGGUGGUGGUGGUGGUGGUGGUUCUCUUGGGGGGUUUGGGAGUUUAAGGAAGAAUGGUGGGUGGGAGGCCAAUGGGAAUGGGAAAAAGAAGAGGGAUGAGUUUGUGUUGGAAAGGAAUAGGAGUGCAAGGUAUUCGCCUAACAACAUCGAUAAUGGUUUGUUGAGGUUCUACUUGACUCCGAUGAGGAGCAGCAGCAGCAGCAGCAGCAACAGGAGGAAUGGGGGGUCCGUGAAAAGUAGGUCGAAUCAUGCACAUUCUAUCGCCAGAAGCGUAUUGCGAUUGUACUGAAUUUUGUUCCAAUAUAAGGAGUUUUUACAGUUAAUUUGCCCUGAAUUGGUAGCUGAGUUUGCUGGAGGAAAUUUAAUGAGGGGAUUGUGCAGGCUGCAGGAAUGAGGAACUUACAAUCCUUUUUAAUCUAGUGCAAGGAAGAUAGCAACAUUUGCAAGUACUGAAUUAGUUCAAAAGUCAGUCAGUGGAGUGGGCCUAAAUAGUUGAGAAUGUGUGAGAAUCUCCACUUGUUUCUUCUUGCUAAUGUAUUUGACUUCCAAGCCCUGUAUAGAUAUUGUAGUUAAGAAAAACAGUUCUUUAUGACUAUUCUUUGUUAACACAGUGCAAAAAAUUUUAUAGGUAGUCUCACUGAUCAUAUAGCAGAAUGAAAUCCCUGCAUGUAUCGAAAUUGAUACAGAAGCUUGUUUGUUGACUUUGA